AAGCGCGUUGGGCUGCUCUGGCGGGAGGCGGAGGUGCAGCGGCAAAUCGCGGAAAUGAUCGCGAAGCAUUUUGUCGUCCUGAUUGACGAGGGGGACACCAUUCUCCGAUCCAAGCUGUUGCAGCACCUGCCCACCGGGGAAAAGCAGGCCUAUCUCCCCUACGUGGUCGAAGAAGUGGUUAACGUGUGGCGGGACUUGUUUCGGUUCGCGCAGAAUAGCCUGCUGGCGCUUGUCGUAGCGAACGAGCACGCGC